GACAGCGGCAGGGGCGGGCAGUGGUUCCGUAUUUGGGAUUCCUCUCCAGCAGCUAGCUCCGGGUGGCGUUUCCAUGCAGCCCUGUGGACGGUAUGGAGGAGAGCGGGACGCCGCCGUACUGACGCCGCUCGCCCGAAGGACCACACGGCCACUGCGCUUUUAGGUGGUUGAUGCACACUGCAACACUGCUGCCUCCAAGCACCAGGCAUGCCUUAUGGAAUAUUCAUUCGCCACCAAUGACAUUCCAGCGGGUUCCACGUUUACAGCAACAGCUAUUAUUGCCAAGAAUUAGCCUCGCUACAGCUCUUUUUUAAUCGGGCGCGCUCCCCGUGCAACGCACCGCCGCCACGACUGCAAACCUCCACAAUCAACUUCUCUCCCUUCGCAAGAGGCUGACCCCCUAUCAUGAGAUUCCGAAUCUACAAGAGGAAGGUGGUGAUACUGACUGUGGUGGUUGUCAUCUGUGGCCUGGCUUUCUGGAGCAGCGGAAGGCAGAAAAAGAACAACAGCGAAUCAAUUCCCAAGGAAGCGGAGGCCGUGAAGAAGAGCAGCAGCAUAAGCAGCAGCAGCAGCAGCAGCAGCAGUAGCAGCAUCAACAACAACAAGAACCAUGUCCAGGUGCAGGUCACACCUGCAGUCAGCCGAGCACCAGUUCCCCCUCCGGUCAUCCAAGUAAAUGACACACAUCCAGAGAAAGCAAAGGAGAAAGAGAAGAUACCCAAGCCAGAGGUAGAUAACACCACUUUAGUCUACCGUGGCAUCGUCUUCCAGCUCAAUUUUGACCAGACAAUAAGAAAUGAGGAGAAGUUUAAGGCCUCGCGACAGAAAGACAAUCUGGUUGUGUUGGUUCAGGUCCACAACCGGCCAGACUACCUUAAGCUACUAGUGGACAGCUUGCGGAAGGUCAGAGGUGUGGAGGGCAUACUGCUGAUAUUCAGCCAUGACUACUGGUCCCCGGAGAUAAAUAAAGUUGUGGCUUCUGUUGACUUCUGUCAAGUCCUGCAGAUUUUCUUCCCCUUCAGCAUCCAGCUGUACCCACAGGAGUUCCCCGGAAACGACCCCAGGGACUGCCCCAGAGACAUUCCCGAAAUAGAUGCCUUAAAGCUGGGAUGCAUCAACGCAGAGUACCCCGACUCAUUUGGCCACUACCGCGAGGCCAAGUUCUCCCAGACCAAGCACCACUGGUGGUGGAAGCUGCACUUUGUAUGGGAGAGGGUCCGGGCUCUGAAGGACCACAAGGGUCUGGUCCUGCUGAUCGAGGAGGACCACUUCCUGUCUCCGGACUUCAUCCAUCUCCUGAAGCUGAUGUCUGCUCUCAAACGGGAGCACUGCACAGACUGUGACAUCCUCUCACUGGGGACCUACAGCCACAUCGGCUACUCCGGCAAAGCGAACAAGGUGGAGGUGAAGGCCUGGAAGUCCACCGAGCACAACAUGGGAAUGGCUCUGAGCAGGGAGACCUACCAGAAGCUCAUCAAGUGCACCGACACGUUCUGCACUUACGACGACUACAACUGGGACUGGUCCUUGCAGCACUUGACCGUGUCCUGCCUGCCCUCCUACUGGAAGGUGAUGGUGAGCGAGGCGCCGCGGAUCUUCCACGCCGGAGACUGCGGCAUGCAUCACAAGAAGGCUUCGUGCAUGCCCAUUAGCCAGAAAACCAAGAUAGAAAACAUCCUACAGAGCAGCGGGAACCAGCUUUUCCCAAAGAACCUCCUGAUCGCAAAGAGACUGCCCGCCAACGGGGCCGGAGGCGUGGCCCCGCAUGUGAAAAACGGGGGCUGGGGAGAUAUCAGGGACCAUGAACUCUGCAAGAGUUAUGUUCGAUUACAGUGACCUUAAUUACUACUAAUUAUAUAUAUUAUUGUCUCUUUUGCAUCCUCUAUAAAAUAAAAAAAGCCUUUUAAAAGUAAAUCUUUAUGGAAUAUUCUUCAUAUUGCCUGUUUUACUGGACUGUUCUAAAUAAAGACGAAUGUUGGAUUUUUGGCUUCUUUAACAGAAA